AUGGCCACAAAUAGUCUGUCUGCGUGGUAUUUCUUCCUUUCAGUUCUCUAUAUGCUUACUCUACCUUACAAUUGUCAUCCCCUUACAGUUGGUGGAGACAGCAUCGCUUUGGGAGCUUCUCUCACUGGAAAUCAGAGCAUAGUUUCAAAGAACGGCACCUUCGAAUUGGGAUUCUUUUGUCCAAACGGAACAAAUAACUGGUACAUCGGCAUCUGGUAUGCCCAAAUGUCUAACAAGACUAUCGUUUGGGUGGCUAAUAGAGAGACUCCCAUCAGAAACAAGCCAGGCGUUUUGAAUCUAACAACUGAUGGCUAUCUCAAACUGUAUGAUUCAGAUGGGCGAUCAAUAUGGUCAACAAGAAAGAACCAGAAAGCUAUAGCCUCCAAAGCUAUGAUAUUGGAUUCUGGUAGUUUUGUUAUGUUGGGCGCAAACAACAUUUCUGAAAUUGUGUGGGAGAGUUUCUUGUAUCCAGCAGACACAUGGUUGUCGGGAAUGAAGAUGUGGAAAGGCAUGAAGCUAACAUCUUGGAAGAGUUCGUUGGAUCCAGCACCUGGGCCCUUCUCUUUAGAAAUGGAUCCAGCCCCAAGCAAGACGCAGUUUUUGCUGGUGUAUAAGGACAAUAUUACUUACUGGAGCACCGAAGAGUGGGUUGUUGACCAUUUCAGUGGUAUGCCAGAUAUGUUGAAUAAUUUCGCAUCCGAAACUUUUAGAUUACCCUUUGUAAAGAUUUCUCCCACAAAGAUGUACUUCACGUAUAUUCAAAUAUCAAAAUUUGAUAUUGUGCAGCGUCUAGUCCUGUACAAAACUGGAGAUGUACGAUCUUUCUAUCGUUAUAAUAGCAGCUGGAUUAACAUCUGGUCUGUGCCAAAAGACCUGUGCUUUGUUUAUGAUAUAUGUGGGGCUUAUGGAGCAUGCAACAGAAACAAUCUUCAAUUUUGCAGCUGUCUCGAGGGCUUCAAACCCAAAGAUAAGCGCGCCUGGUUUUUACAAGAUUGGUGGUCAAGCGGAUGCCUUCGUAGUAGCCCUCUCUACUGCUCUCCCAUUAACGGCACAACCGAUGGUUUCUUGCAAAAGAACGACAUAUCCUUAGCUAAGGAAAAAGCAGUUUCAUAUUCCCAAUACCCAACUCUACCAACAUGCAGAUCUGCAUGUCUGGAAAAUUGCUCCUGCAAAGCCUUCGAUCUCACUAACUCUACUCCUCCCAUCUGUAGAAUGUGGUUUGGGGAUCUGUUCAAUGUUCGCGUUGCAUCAAACAGCCAACCCGUCUUCCUUCGCAUGGCUGCGUCUGAGUUGCAACAAUCCAUUUCCAAUGGAGGAAGUAACCAAGGUCGUGUCCUUUCAAUUUCACUUCCUGUCAGCACUGCUUUCAUCCUUGUUUUGGCUUUCCUUGUUAUAAUAUUUCUUCUGAGGAGGCGUGGAAUGCUGGGCAAGGGAGGAGAUAUGGAAGGUCAUGAGCUGCUGUCUGCUUCGCUGAGAACAUUCACUUACAAGGAGCUGCGAAUUGCAACCAACAAUUUCAGAGAUAAGUUAGGGAAAGGAGCAUUUGGCUCUGUCUUCAAAGGAUCUCUCCCAGACGAUACGCUUGUAGCAGUUAAAAAAUUAAGAGGGCUCUAA